AUGAAGACUCAAGUGUUGAUCACCAUACUGUUGUGCCUCGCGCUGGCCCACGCCGCGCAAGCAUCAAGCAAUUUCGAGAAAUACGCCGUGCGCAACUCCGUCCGCAGCGGCAGCGCGCACCGACUGAGGUGGCGCAAGCUGACAGAGCUUCCCACUUGCGUCAACCAAACACUCUGCGGAUCACUCUGCGUUGACGUGUUGACCGACAUCAACAACUGUGGCGUGUGCUCCAACUUCUGCGACCUCACCCAAACCUGCUGCAACGGCACCUGCAUCAACCCCAACACCAACAACGCCCACUGCGGCGCGUGCGGUGCCCGGUGCCCAGGCACCUGUGCCGCGGGUGUGUGCAACUACGGCGGGGUGUCCUCCUCACCUGUGAACGGCCCCCUUGCCACUGGUGGCCCGGGCCCUGUCGUCCCCGCUACUGGUGGUCCCGCCGCUGGUGGUCCUGCUGUCCCUGGCGGAGGGAAUCCUGGGAAACCCUAA